GGGGGAGGGGGAGGAGGGGCCCAUGAGGCGGAGCUUCUCAGUGGAGGACCUGCUGGACGAGGUGGAGCGAAUCGGGACAGUCCCAGCAGCCGACGCCAAGGUGGAGAUGGUGGUGAGGCUGUGGAAGGAUGGGUUCACUGUAAACGAGGAGGCGUUCCGGAGCUACUCCCAGGACGAGAACCAGCAGUUCCUGGAGGCCAUUAAGCGAGGGGAGCUCCCAGAGGAGCUGGAGCGCCGGUCGGAGGAGGGCGAGCUGGAGGUGGUCAUGCAGGACAUGAAGGAUGAGCCCUACGUCCCGCGCAAGAGAAGCUUCCACCCGUUCACCGGCCGGGGGUACCGCCUCGGCAGCGUUGCACCCCGGGUCGUGGCCCGCUCCCCCUCCCUUCACGAGGACACAGAGCCUCCCCUCCCAUUGGUGGAGCUCAACCACACCCAGCCAAUCACCAGCCUGCAGAUCUGGCUGGCGGACGGGCGAAGACUAGUGCAGAAGUUUAACCUCUCGCACAGGAUCAGUGAUGUGCAGGACUUUGUGCAGCAGUCCCAGCGGGUGGAGCUGUCUGUGCCGUUUGUGCUGACCACGUCUCUGCCUCUGCGGGAGCUGGGAGAGGGAGAGCUGAGCCUGGCCGAGGCAGACCUGUCCAACGCCGUCAUCGUCCAGCGACCCCUCAACCCCCAGCCGCCCUUCGGCCACUCCUGACCUGCCCUGAGCCAGGCGCCCCCCAAAUCCCCCGGAUACCCCGAGAUCCUGCACUAACCCCCCAAAUCCCCCGGAUACCCCGAGAUCCUGCACUAACCCCCCAAAUCCCCCGGAUACCCCGAGAUCCUGCACUAACCCCCCAAAUCCCCCGGAUACCCCGAGAUCCUGCACUAACCCCCCAAAUCCCCCGGAUACCCCGAGAUCCUGCACUAACCCCCCAAAUUCUGCAGCGCCUCAAAUCUUACUCAGAUGCCUCCACAUACCGCACUCCCAAUACUGCUCAUACACCCCAAAAUCCAGCACCUUAAAUACUCCUUGGCCUCCCGAAGCUCCAGCACUGCCCCCCCCGCGUGUGGAAACUCUGUGAGGACUCAACCGGGGGGAGGGUGUGUUUCUGCCCCCCCAUCAACUCCAGGGAGAGUGGGACUGAUGAGCAAUUAUGGUUUUAUGAUUAUGAUUUUAUGAUUUAAAAAGAUAAUAAACAUGAGUGCUGAAGAA